AUUUUUCAUUGUAUUCUAAUGUACACAACUAUUGGUUUCCAAGAAGAAACUUCAAACGGGUUUCCUCUUCUUUCGAGAUCGAUUAGAUUGUAUGCACUUAUCUUUGAAGAUCUAAUCAGGAACAGUGUGACUGAAAUCUGAAAUUGAAGUCGCAUUUGCGCCGGUUCAACUGCAAGUGGCUAUUAGAUACCAAAGGAUUCUCCGUGUCUAAGUUUUGUAAAGCUUAUAUGCCGUGGCCAAAUGCAGAGGAAAAUCUUGAUCUUCCUGUGCGUUGUUACCUGGAUUGUUAUUAUCUUUGUGUGGAGGACGCUGUUUUGGACGCGAACUUAUGAUACCACAAAUAUGCAGAUGGUAUCAGUGGGUAAUUAUCUUCAAGAGCAGAUUAGUUUAUUGAGCAGUGAAAAGGUGAAUGAGAGCAAAAAGGCUACUAUUAAUGCUAUGAAGACUUUCAAUGACAAGAUAAAUCAGACAGUGACUAGUUUGGAUAAGAAGGUCAAAAAGCUAGGAGAGGCAGUUUUACAGAGGCACCAAAAAGCCAAGCAAGCUCUGCAAGUGUUAAGUGAUGGAGUAAAACAAAAUGAAGAGGAGAAAGUUGAAGAAUAUACUCCAACAACUAUACCAUUGAGUUACCAUGCAGAUCCUAAAGAUUAUAUUAGGAAAGUUAUACCAACUAAAGUUUCGCUAAACUCACUUGAUUUUGUAUUGAGUUUAAAUGCAUCUGGUGAUGUGUUUGUUGUUAAUUUUUUUACAUGUUUGAAUGAUUAUAGAACUAGGGGAAGAGAUAUAAGAUCAAGUGCUUUUAAAAAUGAAAUGUGUAUUGAUUCAGUGGAACAGCCAACAGGAAGUGAUGUUGAAUUGUACGAAUGCCAUGGUGAAGGAAGAAACCAGGCUUGGGCUUUAUCAAAUGGGUUUAUCAAAAACUAUGUUCAUGACAUUUGCUUGAGGUCUGCCGAUGGUUUUUAUGGAAGCUCAGUACAGACAGCAACAUGUGAUACUGAUGACAUAAAUCAGAAAUGGAGACAUGAAAAUGGAGCUAUCAUGUUAGGGGAUGAUGAGAAUGACAAUAAAUGCCUUGAGGUCGACAUUACAACCAAGAAACUUAUGAUCAGAGCUUGUGACAGCAAGAAAGAAUCUCAGCUUUGGAAGUUAUGACGUGGGCAUGUUGGAAGAUGUGAAGCUAAUUUAGUGUCAAUGUUGAUUGAAUUUUUAGCUCUGUUUGGAGUAUAAAACAGUUAGUUGUAAUUAUGAUCGUAAUAUAUUAGGUAGUGAUAAUAUCAACUGAACAAAUAUGUUGAUGGACAAAUGAAGAUAUUUUGCAGAAAUUUCUCUUAUUAAUGAUGACAGAUUGUAUUUUAGAAAUACAUACUAUGCAUGUAUAUUAGUUUUUAUUAUAUAGAUAUACAGCUGCCAAAGUAGCUGAAGUUCUUUGAUUGGGCUAGGCUUGCUGUUUGUUUACAUAGAAAGAAAAACAGGAAGAAAAAACACAGUUGACAAAGGCCAAUAAGGGCUAAUAAAUAUAGCUGCAUGAAAAUUCAAAGAGCAGAUAAUUCUUAGACAUAUUGCUUAUUAUAGAAAUUAUUAAUUAACUCAGGUGGUGCAGGUUAGGGUUUCUGCUCAUGGUUAUACUGAAAUAAUAAAUAUUUUAUAAUUACAGGUGGGGAAAUUUGAAGAAGAAAAAUGAAAAAUAGAAAACAAAUACUUAAUUAAGAGUAUUACUUAUC